AUGGUGGAGGUUCUAGGCGCCUAUCCGGCUCGUCCGCCGACUCCCCCAAAGGCAUCACAUAGUUUCGCAUUACGAGAUGCAGGAAUCGUCUCCAACCGACCGAAUAUGCUCAAUACGCCAGGGGAAUCCCCAUCUUCGACGGCCGAGUCCGCGAUACUGAGGUCGAACAACAAGAAAGUCAACUUCUCGCCGAUCACGAGCUACAUUAAACCUCCGACUUUCUCCAGCCGCGCAUCGAUGUCGAGCAACGAAGUACGACCCAUUCCUCCCUCGAACGAAUGCAAGCCGGCCAAGUCAAUCCUCAAGACAACAACUGCGGAUAUGGUCCCUAUAGAAGAAAGCCAGCCGCAGUCUUUCGGCGUGCUUUUGGAGUCAACCACACAACAGUUAGCUGGAGAAUCUCUUAGUUCGAGGGUAGACGCCUACAUGCAGCUGUUGGGUGCUUUGAAGGCAUAUGACAAUAUUUCCGAGCAGGAAGACAUGUCCUCGAAAGUAGGGAUUCUGUUGCAGUUUGUACAGCGUGACAUCAGCCGUGACUUGGGCAAAGGAGAUGUCGUCGAAACCAAUCUGGUGACUAAUGCGUUGAAGCUGGGAAUAUACAUCAUUUGGAGCCAGCAAUUGGCGUCUCAAAUACCCGACGAUUUUAAGAUCUUCAUCAUCGAUCAUGCAUUGAGCGUUCUGCAAGAAGGCAAAUUUUCCAAGGCCAUUCUCAACCAUUAUGUUCACAUCCUCUAUACCCAGAAUUUCUCCGCUAAGGUAAUGACCAAUUCGCGGAUUACACGGGUGCUAGCUGUGUUGAACGAUAUCACUGAUCGUGUGAAUGGAAAUGGUAUUAUCUCACAACGGUUGGGGGUUUAUACCAGAUUACUUGGCCAGUCAAAGACUGUCAUGGCUUCGCAAGCAUCAUUAUGGGUCGAACACCUCAUCUCCGGUCUGCUUCACCCCGUCAAAGACACGCGAUCGAAAGCGUUAGUUCUCGGUAAUCAAACUGCCUUGGUAUUGGGGCCCAACAUAGUCAUUUCGAAGACCAUCCUGGACAUCUUCAACAAAGAAAUCUCUGAAGGUAGGAAACUUGUUUCAGAAAUAUGUGAUCGGAUGAGCCGUAUGAUGUCUCCUUCGGAUAGUGGAGUGCAUGUGCCACAAAUUUGGAGCAUUAUCGUCUUGCUCUUGAGAAGCAAGCGGUUCAACAUCGAGCAUUGGGAGUACUUCAAGGAAUGGGUUCUUGUUUUACAAAGAUGCUUCAAUUGCAGCGAGUCUGCAAUCAAGUCACAGGCUAUCAUUGGAUGGAACAAGUUUGUCUACAUGGUCACUUGUAACGAAUCCACUAGCCGGAGCAUGCUUAAGAUGCUUACAAGGCCCAUUCUUUCCAAUUCUGAACGCAAGCGCAGUGACAAGGCUGGUACAAGCGCCAACCCUUUAUUUCUUUCCAGUUACUACAACCUUCUGUACUAUUCUUUCCGUCCAAACAACCCAUUUGAUCACAUCGAUUUUAUCUGGGAAGAGUACAUUGCCCAGCCGUUUGCCAAUGUUUUCUCCAGCAGUCCACAGCUGAAUGAUGCGGCCUGUAAAGCUUUAGCAUCUCUCUUAUGGGCGUCACAAUCAAAGAUCUGGACCGAAAAUAAGAUCCACGAGGUGCCCAGAAUCGAAGUCGACUUCAUACUCCCAAUCGAUUGCAGGUGGGUCAGAUCACGUAUAGUGUCGGUAAUUGCAGUCUUUGAAGUUUUGCUGGGCUCAGCGAAUUGGACGAAUAUUCAGAUGAUCUGGACCCAUAUGUGCAAGGCACUUGCGGACGCCUCCAGCAAAGAGAUCAAACCAUCAUCCGAACUGAUGCACGCAAUAGCCACCAUACUCGGAUUCUUUCAACGACUUCGACAAACAUCUCCUUCCUCGCUAAAUACCGAUAAGGGCGAUAUCUUUAUAGAACGCUUCACAUAUCUGGCAGCAACGCUUGUCUCGACUAUCGGACCUUCUCCAUUUACUGAAACUCUGCUCUUGAAAACUUCUCAGGAAACCUUCCAAACUGCAAAUACACCAACGCAUCGCCGUUCACGGACAGACCGCAACUCCGACACACCCUUUAUGCACAUAUUACGUAUGAUAAGCUCCUAUGGCGAUUCAUUCGAGCCGACCGAAUCACACCUGAGCCUGAUUGACGGUCUUCUUGACGCCGCAUCGAAAGGCCGGCAGUCGAGAGGAUCUCGGCUUGACUUCUUGGAGAGAUGCACGGAACCGAGCUUGAAUGAGAACGGAGCAAAUGAGAAGGCUUCCAAGCUAGACUCAUACAUCUGGGAUGCGGCGGCCAGGUUUUCAGUUAACUGCUUGGGUUCGUUGCCAAUGGAAACCUUAAGAGAACGAGAUGGUACGAUUGCACGAGAUUACAUGAAUGUAUCGAACGUUCUCCUACACGGGUUGCAGUUCACAACUUCGCCCACAACAUGGAAUUCGCUGCUCGAAUCCUACAUACGGAUAGUCCGAAUAGAGAAAGGCGAGCGUGGAAUCUCCACUCUAGUCAUUGAGCCCAUUGCUCAAAAACUCAUACAAUUGGAUCUUGUUCGACCAUACCUUCCACUCAAAGCUCUCAUCAACCAAGCGCUAUCGCUUGCAUAUUAUCAACAAACCAAAUAUCCGGCAACGCCAAGUAGCUCCAACCAAGCGUCUUCAUUUUUCUUCCCUGAGAAACUUUUGACCCUUAUUCGAAAAGUCCUUGCAGAUUCGUAUAACCAUUUCAAUUCUUCUGACAGUGUGCCGUUCGCGGAGGUAAUUGAGUCUUUGACAUCCCUUCUGGGAAGUGGUACCUUGCAAUUUCGCUACAUGCUUUUGGAGUAUCUCCAAAGUCCACUAGCAUUGUGGUUACGGGACUCUGCUCGCUAUCUUACAUCUGAAAAUGGUGCAGAUAGCAGAUUACUUACUGCAUAUCGAACGCUGUCGUUGGCAGUUGCAAACGCCUUGCAGAUUGCUGUUCCGCAUAACACUACGUCGCUGCAUGCCUUUGAAGCAGUCGUUUCUGCUGGCUUGGAAUCUGUGCAUAAAUCAACCGCGAAUCGUUUCAUUGAAAUGUGGAACUCCACUUUUGGGCUUCAAGAUUUAACAAAUUAUCCUCCAGGUGUUCAAACUGGUCUUCAGAAACUUAAGCCUUUGGUCAAGUUGCAGCUACCAUGCCCUCUACCUCGUCAAGCUGAGUCACAGGAAAUCGCGAUGCCAGACUUUGUCGAGUCUCAAGAUACAGCGAGUAGUGCACCAUUGACAAAUUAUUUCGGCAGAGUCUUACGACAGAUGGAUAACCAAAAGGCACGACCAACCACGUUCAGCUCCUCACCCAUUAUUCAAUCGACAGAAUGGGGCCAGUCUCAUGUGUUGCCAAAACCAAAGGUCGAUAGCACACCUCGAAGGCGGCUUCGCCAUGAUAAUUCCCAGAUACAAUAUGUCACCGUGGAUCCCUCGCCACGGUCCUCAAACCUGGAGAGCCAGCUUCUUACUGAACGCCAACAUGAAGUAAAAGAAAGGCAACGUGGAACCACUUCUAUGUUCCUAGAUGGCCUGGGGUCAUCAUCACCCGCUGCUCCUGGUCUGACCGAUGAAAAAGGCGUCUUAUCCCCAGUGCAAUUACCGAAGAUACGUGACACUGUACGCGAAUUGAAAGCUCCAUCGACUCCGACUCUGGCAGCUCAUUUGCAUGAUAAUGACGACGACUUUCCAGGGUCGUCUCCGACUCCUGCAACAAGAGAUCAGGGACAUCUUGCACCACAAGUCACCCCUGCUUUGACCAUUGAAACUCUCGACAAUAUACAAUCAGAUCCACCUUCUUCUCCCCCCGAAAUCUCAUCUCAUUUACCUAGAAGCCACACCCGACAAGAUUCGUCCCUACAAAAGUCUACUUCCAAGAAAUCCAACAGUAGGCCUAGCCCGAAAAAGCACAACCGAAGACGACGUAGCUCCAGGAUCUCGGACCACAAAGCAACGGAGGAAUCGCCCAUUGGGACUAAGUCAAGCGCGGUAGAAUCAAACAUACCGGGGAGGAACGAUGUUGAAGUACAAGAUAAACCUACCGUACCCAGUGAAGUGAUGGAUGAGAUACCCGACACAUAUGCGGAUGAGUUUGAGCAACAACUUGCAUCACAGCUGGAGCAGGACCUGGAGUUGGCGGUCGAUUCGAAAGAUCAAGAUGAUCUUGAAUCCAAUCAAUCGUCAGACGUGAACUUACCACGUGGACCUAUUACUAGGAAACGAAAGCUCAAUGCCGAGAUUGGGGAAGCUUCAACACCAGACUGCAUAAAGCGACGCUCUGUCAGGAAGGAUAAGACUCCUCGCCUGGAAAAUGCACUCGAGAGUUCAUUUGAAUUGGAAACUGUUACCUCAAAGCCAUCUACACCGCAACCAUCGGUUGCGAGACGGGGUCUUUCUACUCCACAAUCAUCUCCACUCAAGAACCAGAUCAGUGUAGAUGACUUGUCUGAUAAGGCUACCAAUUCAGGAUCAAAUAGGAGGAGUGGACGCCUUAAUUCUGCUGCUGAUAGAGAGAUUGCAUCGUCCCCUAUCAAGUCCAAAAGAUCUAGACAACGAAAGCGCAGGUCCUUGCGACUUAGUGGAGUUCCAGCUCUCUCGCCGCCAAAAUCGGAUAGAACAUCGAAGGCUCAGAAGCGGAAGCAGUCUGGUUCUAACAAUCAGAAUACAGACGAGGCGGUAACUUCCGAGACUGGUCCUGAAGACAGUCUUCUAAUGCAAGACAUUAGCAUGCUAGACAGUGGGCCUGCAACUACUAGCUACGAAGGCGACCCGACAAAGGAGAUACCCGCAGCUGCGGAACCAUACUAUGUGCAGAACGAUACAUUGGCUGAAAGUGUAGUGGAUGCGGAAACUUCGACCUCGGUUGAACAGCAGAUCAUAGAGCAGAUUGAGAAGCGCGUCGAAGAGCAGGCUCCCGAAACCGAUACUGUGAUGGAAGAAAGUUCUCCUGAGAUAAAUGUUGUUGGCCCAUCACCAGCUGCUGAAAUCAACGAGGCUCCCCAUUACAUCUCUCAGGGUGUCCAGACAGACGAUGUCAUGGUUAUUGAACCCGCUCAAACCGGCAGCAGUAUCCUCGGAUCUCUCCGCAAAGUCCUUACUGGCAUCCAGAACGUUACUUUUGGGAGGAAUAUUCUGCGGGAGAUCGAUGAUGUGAUGUUUGAUAUCCGAGUAGAAGCGCAUGAGGUCGUGCGAAGAAAUCAGGUUUAG